UUAGAAAUGCACCGAAAAAAACCAGAUUUUUUUGUGGAUCUUUGUUCACUUUUGGGUCAAUCUUAUUUGUGUAAAUAAGAUGUUCAAUCUUUUUCGGCAAAGAGGAAUAAUUAAGUAAAGUGUAACUCCCACAUACGUAUAUGCUGAACAAACCAUGUCUGUCCUUGAGAAAUCAAAGCUUCAUAGAUGCUUUUUGUGCUAUUAAAAGAGGAAACGUGAAUAUAGCAGUUGACAUUUUGAGCCAAAGUGACAUUGCACUAUAGAAACUGCCAUUUGUGAUCCCAUGUAGUGCAGUAUUCUGUCUCAGCUAGUGGCCAAAAUCGGAUGCUUUAGAAGUAUAAGAAACCCCACAAUUAUGAAAUAAGCUGCAAACAAACAAAACAAACCAAAAAACCCCUCUAAACUCUAGGGCUUCAGUUAGAACUUGACUGAUGCGCUGAAGCAUGAGGGUUUGUAUAUCCCUUUAAAAAUUGGCUAUAUAUUCAUGUAAAUGUCUCAUUGUACUGAUCUCAUUUUGUGUGCAGUAGUUCAGCUUAACAGCAACUUUAAACCUUUAUUUUGUGAAUCUUUUAUGUCUAUCUCCCACACAUGCCAAAAAGCAAUACAAACCCAGCUUAGUCAAACUUGCAGUCUAACGUAAAAUCUUGGUGACCUCAGCAUUGUUUAGCCAGAAUAACUUCCCAGAUGUUUAGAAUGUGUGACAAUCAGAUGUUCUGGUCUUUCAGUAUAAUUGAUGUAAAAGCACAUGAGAUCACUGUUAAGGUUUUGCAUUGGAAUGCAAGUUUUAUGAAGCUGGGGUACAUACUGACUUUUGGUGUCUGUGGGAGAUGGAAAUGAAAACCGUAUGGAGUAUUGGGGAGCAUUAUCACUAAAGUUUUAGGGAAAACAAAGAUGGAAAGGAGUGUAUAGGUCUCUCCCAGUAACUUGUUACUUUCUUUCCUUUAAGAUUUCAGAUGAAGUGUCAUGCUACAUAAUCUUAACUGCAACUAAACAUAUUUUUGUUUGCUAAUUAAGGUCUUGGCUUCAGUGAUCUCUAGUGUCAGAGAGGCUGACUGUACAUUGGGUGGCUUUUUAAAAAAUUAUUUAAUUUAAUCGGUCACCAAAGAACUUCAGAGAAAUGAUUCCUUUGUUUGGAGUCUUCAGAUUGCUCCUCAUCGGGAUUAUAGUUGGAACAGAUAUGGGAUUUGCUCUGUACAGAAGAUUUAUAGCUCCUGUGAAUGGGCCUCAAUGCUAAGAUGGCAGAGUAACCAUGGGAGAUUGGAAUUUUCUUGGAGGCGUCUUGGAAGAGGUCCACAUUCAUUCCACUAUUAUUGGAAAGGUCUGGUUAACUAUCCUAUUCAUAUUUCGAAUGCUUGUCCUUGGUGUGGCAGCUGAAGAUGUCUGGAAUGAUGAGCAGUCAGAAUUCAUAUGCAAUACAGAGCAACCUGGCUGCAGAAAUGUUUGCUAUGACCAGGCCUUUCCUAUCUCUCUCAUAAGAUAUUGGGUCUUGCAAGUUAUAUUUGUAUCUUCACCUUCCUUGGUCUAUAUGGGCCAUGCUUUAUACAGACUAAGAGCCUUAGAAAAAGAGAGACAAAAGAAGAAGGCACAAAUAAGAAUGGAACUUGAAGGAGUCGAACUAGAAAUGACUGAAGAUCGGAAAAGACUGGAGCGAGAACUCCGGCAACUGGAGCAAAGAAAGCUCAACAAAGCACCCCUGAGAGGCUCCUUGCUCUGCACUUAUGUGAUACAUAUUUUUACUAGGUCUGCAGUUGAAGUUGCAUUUAUGAUUGGCCAAUAUCUUCUUUAUGGAUUCCAGCUCAAUCCUCUUUAUAAAUGCCUGAGAGAGCCAUGUCCAAACAUAGUUGACUGUUUUAUAUCAAGACCAACAGAAAAGACAGUAUUCAUAUUAUUUAUGCAGUCAAUAGCAAUUGUAUCAUUGUUUUUAAACAUCUUAGAAAUUGUCCAUCUAGGGAUCAAAAAAAUUAAAAAGGGACUUUGUGGGCCUGAUAAAAACAGGGAUGACUUUUUUGAUUUCUAUGUAAGUAAAUCCAAGAAAAACUCUGUAAUACCCCACCCUUGUAUGGGAACAUCCACAACUCCACAAAAAACUCUCCCUUCUGUCCCUAGUAGUUAUACCAUGUUAAUGGAAAAACAAACUUACACGGCAGGCCAUGAUGUUCUAAAUUCAUCUUCUGCAUUCCAAUCUGUUAAAAACAACCAUAUUGAAAAUAGCAACAGUCACCUCCAUGAUGAAAAGGAAAGUAAAUUGCCAGAUGAGAUGCAAACUACUAAUACUUUGCAUCAUCAUCCUCGAAAUACCAGCUCAAAUAAUAAUGAAGGCUUAAGCAAGGUAUUUGGGACAGAAAUUAACGGUAGUCAACAACAAGAUGAAAAGAAACAUUGCCUCAGUGGCAUGCAUUCUAAUCUAGUUGCUGCUUCAGGUCUUUGCUUGGGAAGCCUGGCUGAACUGCCACCUGGAAGUUCAUUGCAACCUGAUAUGACUUCCCCUAUUUCAAUUAACUGUGCUCGAAAGCUACGUGGAGUCAGUUCCCCGUGGAACUGUUCUACAGUAGUUGAGAGUGAAGGGUCUCCAACCGAUUCUCCUUCCACGAGCAGCAACCGAGGACAAGACAAUUUCAGUGGAAGCAGAGCCCAAGGCCUUUCCAAGACUGACCUAAGAAAAAUUGGCAGACCAGACACUCCUGAUUCUCUAAGCGAGUUGAGCUCAGAAUCCAAACAGAGCAGAAAUUGUGAAAGUCCUCGGGCUUUCUCUCCCUCACGGCGAAUGUCAUUGGCAAGUAAUGCCAGCAGCAGGCGUGCCCCCACCGAUCUUCAGAUCUAAGUGUUUGUUACCUUACCUAUAUGUUACAUACAUGAGUACUGAGGGAAAUUAUUGGACACUGUCGCAUGAAUUAUACCUAUUUGUAAUUGUAGUUAAGUUAAUCAACUUUCACCAGCUCUUUCACUGAGGUAAUGCAAAGAACUAUGCACCCUUGUGCAGUAGUUGAUG